AUCCCAGAGAUUCGUCACCAAAAUAUCAUCACCAGAAAAGAGGGAGAAAAAGGGAAAAAAAGGAAGAAAAAAAAAUGGGGCUGAAGGUUUAUGGAGUGACGCUGAGUCCAAAUGUUUUGAGAGUGGUCGCUGCCCUCAACGAGAAGGGCUUGGAUUUCGAGCUCGUCCCCGUCGAUCUCGCCGCUGGAGCUCACAAGAAGCCUGAGUUCCUCGCUCUCAAUCCUUUUGGUCAGGUCCCGGCGUUCGAGGACGGAGAUGUCAGGGUUUUCGAUUCCCGCGCCAUCAACCGCUACAUCGCGACCCAAUACAAACAAACCGGUCUGGACCUCAUCCCGUCCAAAACCCCGACAGUGCUCGCAGCGGUCGAGUCCUGGGCUGAGGCCGAGGCCCAGCAGUUUAGCCCUGUCGCCUCCAAGCUCCUCUUUGAGAUCAUCUUCAAGCCGAUGUUUGGCUUGGGCGCCACCGACCCUGCUGCUGUUGAUUCUCUCUCCGCAGACCUCGGCAAAGUCCUAGAUGUCUAUGAAGCCCAUCUCUCGAAGAGCAAGUACUUUGCCGGAGACGAGUUCUCCCUUGCGGAUCUCAACCACAUGCCGGCCUUUUCAGCAUUGAUGACAACGCCGAAGGGGGAGCUGAUCGCAGCCCGGCCCCACGUCAAGGCGUGGUGGGGACCGGGAAGUGAGGUUGUGUUUUGAUCGCUGCGACCGGGAAGUGAGGUUGUGUUUUGAUCGAUGAUGUUUUAGUAGCUUGUGGUAAUAAUAAGCGAUCAAGGUGUGAGGCUGUGUUCAGGUCCGUUGAUGUUUUAGUAGUUUGUGGCUAUGGAAUAAAAAUAUGAGCUGUGAUUUGGGGAUAAGUUAUCGUUGACGCAGAUAAUAUUAUGAUGGUUAAUCAAGUAUGGUGUAAUAUUAUGAUGGUUAAUCAAGUAUGGUGUAUUUUGUUUGGCAGUCGGUUAAUAUUAUGAUGGUUAAUCAAAUAUGGUGUAUUUUGUUUGGCA